UCUCUUCCGCCGCCGAGGUAAAAAGAAAGAAGGCAACAAAAAUCUCAAUCCCCUCUUGGUCUCAUCCUCCCCGAAGGCGCAGAAGAAACACGGCAGCGAUCGUAAUCCAGCUCUACUCUGACCUGCCGCCUCCCGGCCAGCGGCAUGGAACAGGAAGUUAGCAGUGACAAAAACAUGGUGGCACAAGACCACAACAAUGGCAGCCACCCCCGCACAAACCCGAAAAGGCUCCGAUCGAAGGCGUGGGAAGACUUCACACCCAUCUACGUUGGUGGGAAGGUCGCGAAGGCUGAGUGCAUGCAUUGCCACCUGGUCUUCAAUAGCAACAGCACAAAUGGCACUAGCAACCUGCUUAAGCACCAAGCCAUGUGCGGCCCCCGGGCCCAGAAGAGGCCAACACAACGGAAGAGUACAGCAGCAGCUGGCUCUGAUCCGACGCAGAAGAAGCUAUCGUUCUUUCCCACUAGCAAGAAGAAAUGCUUGGGCACAGCAGAUGCAAGGCCUGAGAAGAAGGAUCUUGUUUUGCUUCACAAUGACACUAAUUGGAAGAGCCAUGAGGGUAAUCAGAAUGGGUCUCAUGAGGAACUUGGAUCGCCUGAGCAGAAUGAUCUUGCCUUGCCUGAUGUUCCCACUGACAGAAAUACAAAGAGUCAACAAGUUGAUCAAAAUGGGUCUCAUGACGAACUAGCUACAGCUGAGCAGGAAAAUGAUGCCUUCCCUGACAAUCCCAUCAACAAGAAUGUAAAGAAUCAGUCCCAUGAGGAACUUGCAUUGCCUGAACACGAGGCCAUUCCUACUGCCAUAAAACUGAAGAAUCAGGAUGUUGGUCAGGAUGGAUCCCAUGGUGAGCUUGUUAGGAAAUUGGCCUUGCACGGUUACCUGCCCUCGAUGAUGGACCAUGGAGGACUCAGGAAGUCUGUGGAUUUCUUGAAUCCCGUGGUCAAGAUGCCAUCCUAUGCUGACUUGAUAUCUACAUUUUUGGAUUUGUUCGACAAUGAAAAGGCCAAGCUGAAGGAGAAGCUUGCAGCCCUUCGCAGUCGGGUAUGCUUGAGUGCUUACGUUUGGCACUACGAUCCAGUCUCAGCUUUCUUGUGCUUGAGUGUUCAUUACAUUGAUGAUGAAUGGGAGAGGCAACAAAAGAUCAUCACAUUUCGUGCCAUGGAUACUAUUUGCAAUGCAGAAGAACUGGGUGAAGCCAUAUUGCUGGCCAUCCGAGAUUGGGGUCUUUGUGGAAAAGUUUUCAGCAUUGUACUGGAUGAUGCAUUUAUUGAUGAUUCAGUGGCUUCAAGUGUCAAAGCACAGCUCAUGAAAGAGAACUCAACCUUUGCAAACCAGAGCUUGUUUGUGGUGCGUCGUGGAACUCAUUUACUUGAUCAGGUUAUUCAGGUGGGGCUGGAUGAACUUGAAAAAAUCAUGGAGAAAUCAGCAAACUGUUCUAAACCUAUGAUGGGUCCUAAGUCGUCUGCAGUGCGGUAUCCCAACUACAAAUACGCACCAUCUCAGGAAGACUGGGGCGAAGCGCGUAAGAUGUGUGAGACCUUGGAAGAGUUUCAUCAGUACAUGGACACAAGCAAGAGUCUUCGUGGUCCAGUGCACUUGUUUGAUGCGAUUAGGGAUGUGAAGCAUGAUUUGCGUCGUGGGGUUAAGAGCUAUGUGGAUGGAUCAUUUUCCAAUAUGCUAAAGAAGAUGCAGCAGAAGUUCAAGAAAUAUUGGAAACUCUGUUGCUUACAUUUAUGUAUGACUAUAGCCAUGGAUCCUUCAUAUGGCCUGAAACACAUCAAGUCUAGGAGCGGUUACCUCUGUAAAAAUGACAAAGAUGGCUAUAAAAAGGAUGUCCAUGAUACAUUGCUCAGUCUCUUCUAUGAAUAUUCUGGUCAGGUGGAAGACCCUAGCUGCACUUCUGGGUCCAAAACUAGCAAGGAAACUGUUAUCAUUGAAGAUGGUAUGAAUGAAGAUGAUGCGCCAUUUGCAUGCUGUGGCGAUUAUGGAGACAAAUGUAAUAAGGCGCGACCGAUGAUAGAACUUGACCAGUACUUGCAUGAGCCAAGCUACUGUAGAGGCCAGACGAGUGUUCUUCAGUGGUGGAAGGAACAUAACCUGACUUAUCCUACAAUUGCUCGGAUGGCACGCGAUAUAUUGGCUAUGCCAUACAGAUGCGAUUAUGAGGUAGCAACAACGACUGCCGGACUUGCAAUUUGUGAGUCAGGUCAUAAGCACUGGGUUGAGCAGCUUGUCUGUACUCAAGAUUGGCUCGGACCUAACAGUUCUGCAAGCAAGGUCUCAACCAGCGAUCUUUCGGACUGAGUACUUGGGCCUUCUUAAUCUUCCAUUUACCUUUCUGAUGCAGGAUCCUGUUUAUCUUUUUGGAAGGAGACGCCGGAUUCAAAGACGAGAAAUGUGUGAAGGGCGACAUUUGUUUAGACGGUUUUAGGGAAUGCGUCCUGUUAUCACUUAGCAGCUAUGAUUAUGAGUAGUUUUAGACAUUUAGUUACUGAUGAUGGUGGAGGUGUAAUGGCGCUUUUGUACGUAUGUGCCGUGGACUGGGGAGCCUAUCAGUAAUUUCCACUUCUAGUUUUCAGAUACUUUGUCAACAUCUCAUCCAAUGAUACCUGAUCAUGAUGUUCAUAUGCCCAACUAUAUAUACUACUGCCAUCUUCUAGUGCUUGCAG